AGAGAAGACCAUCAACGAAUCCCACUACAAGUACCAAUCAAUUCGACUCCAAUCAUCCUGUAAAUAAAAUAGAGACGCAACCGCAUUCGAAAACCAGAAGAAGGAAAACAUGUCAGACGCUGGAGACGAUUACGGGAAUGGCGGUGAUUUCGGGGAAGUCCAAGAUUUCGUCGGAUCAGAAGAAGAAUACGGCGGUGAGGAUGGCCGGGAGAUAGAAGAAGAUGGGAAUGGAGACGUGAACGGCCAAGCUGAAGGCGCUGAAAAUGGUGCCAAUUCGCAGGGCGUCGUCCACAGUGGAAUGCCUGGAGAAGGCACGUUGGCCGGACAACCCAAUAAGAUCCGAACCACAACACCUUACAUGACCAAGUACGAACGAGCUCGAAUACUAGGCACCCGAGCCCUCCAGAUCAGUAUGAAUGCACCAGUCUUAGUCCCUCUCGAUGGCGAAUCAGAUCCGCUGGAGAUCGCGAUGAAGGAGCUCAGUCAACGCAAGAUACCCCUCAUAGUUCGGCGCUAUCUCCCCGACGGCAGCUAUGAAGACUGGAGUGUCAGCGAAUUGAUCGCCGAUUGAGGCUGCUUGUUCGGAUCACAUGGGGAUUUUGCUUUUGGUUAAUAUAUCAACCCCAGUUUGGCUUUCAAUGUCCCCACAUUCAGCUUCAGGACUCGUUCCUUCCUCAUCGAAACUGUGUACAUUAUUUCUUUUCUUGGUAAUGAAAUCAACAAAUAAGAGACAAAAGUUGCCAUCCAG